GAGGCCAAAUCUCGCGAUAACUCGCUUCGCCCGCAUCGUCUCCCUCUCUCGCUCCUUUCUCCAAGCGGCGGCCAGCGGCUCUCGCGCGUACCUACCUCACCGCUGCCCCAUGGGGUCGCCCGGCCGGCCGGUGCCUCUUCCUCUUGUCCUUCGAGCUGCCGCCGUGUGAAGGGGCGACGCGGUAGGCGGACGGCGAAGCGGCGGAGCCGCCGGCGUCCCUCCACAUCCUCUCGCCCGCGUCUGCGCCCUGCCGGGUGGGGGGGGCGGAAAGGAAUGAAUCGGAACCAUCGAAAUGAGUUGCACAAUUGAGAAGGCCCUAGCUGAUGCCAAAGCGUUAGUGGAGCGACUAAGAGAGCAUGACACUGCAGCAGAAGCUCUCAUUGAACAAACUACGGAUCUCAACAAACGAGUGGAAGCAAUGAAACAGUACCAGGAAGAAAUUCAAGAACUUAACGAAGUAGCAAGACAUAGGCCUCGGUCUUCCUUGGUUUUAGGUAUCCAGCAGGAAAACAGACAGAUCAGAGAACUACAACAAGAAAAUAAAGAACUGCGAACGUCUCUCGAAGAACAUCAGUGUGCCUUGGAGCUAAUAAUGAGCAAAUAUAGAGAACAGAUGUUUAGAUUGCUCAUGGCCAGCAAAAAAGACGAUCCGGGUAUAAUAAUGAAGUUAAAGGAACAGCACUCCAAGGAAUUGCAAGUACACGUGGACCAAAUCACGGAAAUGGCAGCAGUAAUGAGGAAAGCCAUUGAAAUUGAUGAGCAGCAGGGUUGCAAAGAACAAGAACGUAUUUUUCAGCUUGAGCAGGAAAACAAAGGACUGAGAGAAAUACUGCAGAUAACCAGAGAAUCGUUCCUGAAUCUUAAGGAAGAUGCCUCAGAAAGUACAUCUCUGUCAGCACUAGUAACAAACAGUGACUUGAGCCUGAGAAAAAAUUAAAGCUCUCAUGAACACGGUCUGGUCGUAACAGCAAGAAGUAUCAAAGCAGAGAUUUUCUAAUGGGCAUUGAGAAAUUAAUAUAUCCUAAAUCCGGUUGAUUCUUUUACACCACGUAUAGAAUAUAAUACUCAGCGAUUGGUGGAGGAAAAUAUUCAAAGCACAGUCAUAUACAGUAAUUGAUCUACUCCAGGACACAGUCACUGUAUUGCUGAUGUUUUUAAAUCUGUUGCUUUCCUAAAUUUGAGGGGUUGUUUUGUAAGAAUUCGGUUUUAGUGCAUUGCUAGUGUAACACUUGAAAUUCUUUCAUAUGGGCAGGAACUUCAUUUUUAAAUAUAAAUAAUUCCACAAGAAUAACAGCACCUUUUUAAAAAGAUAAUUUCAUAAGGAAAAUGAUGGGGCUGGUGAGAAAUUUGCUGACAUUUGUUGUUAAUGUUAAGUAUUUUUAGCUCUUCUCAAAACUUAGGGACUAAUAGGAUGUGUUAAGACCAGUCAGUAAGCAAUAAAAGUUAAGGGAACUUUUGCACACUGGGGUAUUUCUGAAAUAUAUUCUUUUACAACCAGUAACUGAAGGGAAAUAUUAUAGUAAAAUUACAAAAGAAAAAUCUGUUUAGAUCCCUAUGAAAUUUAAUAGAUUCCACAUCAUGUUUUAGUUAGCAUAAACAUGCAAGAACUUUUUCUUACCUUUCAGUAAGUCAAGAUAAGUCAUUAACUUGUAUGUAAAUAACUUGAGGUUCAUCUGUGCUUUCGUGUGAGAUAUCCUGUGAAUUAAAAAAAAUGCUUAUGAAAUGCUCAA